AUGAAUCCAGCUUUGUAUAUCAAUUUGAAAAAAUUAGUAAAAUUUAAAAUCCCCUUUAUGAUAACACCCGAAGAUGAUAAUCGUUUGGAUGCCUUUGUACCGUUGACGAAAUUACGCAAAGCCUCGGUAUAUAAAUUGAAAAUAAUACCGGAAAAUUUAACCGAUGAAUAUACCGUAUUUAUACGCGGUGAACGUAAAGCCGACACGUUUUUGGACGAUGUCAUCAAACACUUUGAAACCUAUCUGUACGAAGGUCACACUCUCUAUCCGGCCCGUUUGCGUAAUAGUAAAAUACAAAGUAUUACAUCGGGUCUGACAAUUGCUAAAGUUCCGACACAUGGUAGUUUACGUUUUCCCGAUGAUAAGGAAAUGAAAAAUGAACCCAAGACCCAAGUUGAAACAUUUUCAUCGACAGAAAUUCAUCAUAACACCCAAGCUGAAAUAUUGCCCGUCAAUGCUAGCAGUACUGCUAGCAUUCCGGCGCAAAAUGCAAUAUUAAAUCCUCGAACUACGAAUGUGUUGCAGAGAACAAAUACGAAAAUUGAAAUGGGUAUUCAUUCACAAGUUUUGAUAUCGGCCGGAAUGAUGGGUCAGCUAUAUUUUGAAGUAACCAAUACGGGGUGUGAUAGUAUCCUCUAUAAUAUUCAGGUGGUGGAUGAAAAGCGUUAUCUGAUGCGAUUGGCACCACAGAGCCUUUUCCUAAGUCCAGGUCAAAUGACCACCGUCACAGUAACCGUGUUGGCACCCCAAGGUACUGAGGCAGGUACUGUGGAUCACAUAACAUUUUCGACAACUGGAGUGGGACAAACCACAUCGUUAUCAUUGAAUCUUAAAGUUGUCACCGCAUCGGAUAUACAGGACAACUCUGCACCCGAGCUCUCUUGGACCUUUGGCAGCCGCUGUGAUGGUAUCUCCACGUCGGAUGCCAUCGAAUGUAGCGAACGUUUUUGGAGUUUAUAUGUAACGGCGCGGGAUUGGCAAACGGGUGUGAUGCGACUGCAGUCCAAUCCUACUGGAGGUCUAAUGUACACCAACUCCUAUGUGAUUGGCAGCAAUGAACCGUUGAAGACUACCUAUAUAGCAAGUUGUUGUGAACCCAAAGUUAGCCUUGUGGCUUAUGAUGUUGUCGGUAAUCAAAAAUCCUAUAGCAUUGAUGUACGAGACUUGGUCUUGAAUGAAGCUUCGAUUGCGGCAAUUACCUUGGGUGUCAUUCUGCUACUGAUUUUAUUAAUAUUGAUCAUUUGGUCUAUUGUUUGGUGUUGUCGUCGCCGUAAGAUUGUUUUGGAUAUGCCCACCUAUCGUUCACAUUCUACACGUAGUAUG